AUUUUUCUGGCUCCUACUCUCCCUCUCUCUGGUCUCUCUGCGAUUCUCAAGCUGCUUCCGGACCAGAAAAAAGCUCUCUCUCUCUCUCUCUCUCACAGCGUCUCAGGUAGAGGCGGUAGGCAAACGAGAAUGGCGAUGGUUAUCGGCAACUUGAGUUCCCGCCCGAAGGUGCGACAUUCAGCAUUUCAUCAUUUCCAUGGAGGGCCUUCAGAUCUCGUGCCGGAAGAAAGACCGGGAAAGGGAUAGUCGUCACCCUUACAAGGUCAUCGAGAUCACUCCUCCUCCCAGGAGCCUCGGCGUCCGUUGCUUUCCCUCGAACUUGCAAUGCGGUGAGAGCGUGACAAUCGAGGGCCAGGCCUAUACAAUCUCGGCUGUGACUCACCGCUAUCAGCUCCGGAAGGGGAAGUACGAGCCUAGCGAGAAGAGGCUGGACGUCUUAUCGACGGGAAGAUACAUCUUGAACUUGUAUUUGGAUAAUCUGUUUGAGCAAUCUUGACAUCUAUUCUCCUUCAUGCUCGAGCUCCAGUUUCUCGUGGCUCCGAUCAUGGUCUGGCAUUCUGAAUGUAUUUAUCUUGCUUAUGUUCUUGUUAGCUAUCCAACCUUAGCUGUUCAUCUAUGCAGAAUUAGGAAAGAGGGUGCAUUCUCCAUACCUA